ACAAUGUGAUGGUUGGACAGCUAAUGCUAAGUGCGGAGAGCGAAAGAAGUAUUUACAUCGUGUUUUAAAACCACUUUGCUCACAACAAAUGGCAUCCCAGCUCCCCGUCACCGUCAGAGCUCAGCCGGCAGCCGCCAGCUCCGCCGCUCUCCGGGGGAAGAAGCGUCCCGGUAGUCCGGCGGUGUCUGCCGGGCAGCAGGUCACCGGGAGCAGCGGCGGCAAGAAGAAGAAACUGACGGCGACUCCAGCAACACAGGUGAUCAGCAUGUCAUUAAAACCAGUUAAAUCCAGUGGCACAGUCGAGUGCGGUCCAGCCGCCGUCACAGAGUCCACAGCAAAGCCUCCACCGUUCAAAGACCCCACGUUUAUGCAUUCGGGGAUCGGUGGAGCAGCAGCAGGUAAAAAGAACAGGACCUGGAAGAAUCUCAAACAGAUUCUGGCUCUGGAGCGGACUUUACCCUGGAAGCUCAAUGAUCCCAGCUACUACAACAUUGACGCCCCUCCCUCUCUGAAGCCAACCAAGAAAUACUCCGACAUCUCUGGACUUCCUGCAAAUUACACAGACCCUCAGACAAAGCUGCGCUUCACGUCCUCUGAGGAGUUCUCCUACAUCCGUCUCCUCCCCACCGAUGUUGUUACCGGCUACCUGGCGCUCCGAAAGGCGACCUGCAUCGUACCGUGACAGCCGAGCGAGUCCAGAAACCUGAAACUGGUUCAAACCAGAACUGAACUUGCGUCAGUGCAGGAAGCUGUUUGAGAGCGCAGGCUGCUCACAGAGAGGACACACAGUGUGAAGGACAGCCGCAGCUCACAGAGCGGCAUCUGCUAAACAUGUCACUGAUGUUUUUAAAGAAGGCAACCUGAAUCAUAAUUGUUGAGCUUGGUAUUGUGCAAGAAACUGCGUUACCAGUACUAAUGUAAGUCCCCCUAAAGUGAUACAGACACCAUUUCAUUUAAUAACCAUGAUGCGAGUGCAGGGCCGUGUAGUAUAGCCAUACAUGUGUACAAAUACACAAAACAUACGACUUCACCACACCACAGGCUGCAUGCAGGGGUACCACAGUCACGAAAAAUCUGCAAAAGUCAUGGAAUUUCACAACCGCAUUUUUCAAAUCAUUGAAAGUUUUGGAAAAAUUUAUGGAAUAAUGUUUCGUGUAGUGAAAUUGUGACAAUAAUCCUCAGCUGAUAACCUUCCACGAAACGCAGAGUCAAGCUGUUUAGGUAUCCAUGUGAGUUUUUUGGGGACCUGGUUAAUGACUCGUUGCCAGAUGUUAGACGCAGCUGCUCUAGAGAUGGCAGUAACAGAUAGUUUGCUUAGCUGCUGGGGGGGGGGGUUCAGGACAGUCCAGGUUCAGAUCCCCGGAAGAAAAAGGAUCAAAUGCAGGAUUCGUUUGGAGAUGUUUCAGUACCACACAAUACUCUGCUGAAACCCAGCCCUAUUAAAGUGACAAAAAAUGCAACAAA